UGUUCUGAGAGUCCACCCACCCCCUCACUCUCCAUCUCCCUCUCAUCGCUUUCGGUUCAUUGCUUUAAAGAUGCUGCUGGGGAAGCGGUCUCGUGUUCCGAUCAAGAGAACCACCAGCAUGACCGGAAUCAGGGGGGGUCUCGCCGACGAAGAGUUGGGAGAAUCGUCGGAUCAGGGCGCCCACGCGCCGCCUCCCGCCGUGGGGGUUCCCCAUAAUACGACAAUGCUCAAUUACUCUGCCUUGGUUUCUCCUAGAAAUUUUGGAGUUCAGUUGGGCUCUAAUGAUCACUUUCUUCACACGUGCGGCCUCUGCAAACGUACCAUCGCUCCCGGUCGUGAUAUCUAUAUGUACAGAGGGGACACGGCUUUUUGCAGUUCGGAGUGCAGAGAGAAGCAAAUAAAAGACGAUGAGAAAAAAGAGUACGGAGGGAAGAAGAAAGAUGCGCGGCAAGCGGCGGCGGCGGGGGAAAGAGGGUCGAGGUCUAAGAAGGAACCAGACAGUAGGAGUUGACAGCACCGGCAGCGAUCCCGACACCGCGUCCGCCGACGCAUGUGUAGUUGGAUGCUGUCGGGCUGUUGGAUUUGGAAGUUAGUAGAUGAUGAGGGGUAAUAUGGUAAAUUUGGGCAAUUGUAUAAACGGAAUUAUUUAGAAGAUCCAAAAAAUGGAAUUAAAAAAUGCUGUGGGUGGAAGUACUGUCUGAGGUAGACUUUUCAUUAGGGGUAUUAUUGUAAUUUCAUGAUUUGAAAUGAGUGAAAGAGUCUAAUUACUGGACCUUAAAAAAUAAAAUUAUUUUUUUUUAUUGGUAUCA